CGCGGCCACAACCUUAAAAAUCCGUUGUACUUUGUCGUCCACAAGCUCACCGGCACCAGAUCUUCGAUUGCCGCUGCUCAAUCAUCGACCAUUGUAGAGCCAGAGGAGGAGGUGGACACGAUUCACAGUUCGAUUAGCACUUUCUAAAUCAGGGCUUCCCCUGAUUGGAGCCCAGGAGAAUCGCAACCACCAGGCAAAAAUAUAGAAAGAGACAACAGACCUCGCCUGAGGGGAGAAGGUCGCACAAUCCCCGCCCAACAGCUCCUUCGUAUAUCAUUGUGUUAAUUGUCAAAGAGAUUACAUUGUUUGAAGAAAGCAAAGAGCUUGUUCAUACCUGUUUCCCUUUACAAAAUUAUGAUUCUAUGUCCAUUUAUCAUAGACUACCUCUUCCAUUACUUGCAUAAAGCCUGUUAUAAAAGGAUAAUCCAGGGUAUCAAGGCUUCAGAUGGUCUAUUUACUGCAUAUUUUGAGCGAUAGGUGCACAUGUAAAAUUACUCUAUCUUAGAUUUUAUUUGUCCCUCUAUAUCAAUCAUUGUAUUAUGAAUUUCAAGCCUAAUAAUGUGUGUGUGUUUGUGUUUUUCCUCAAAUUUGGGUUAAAGAUAUCAGAUUAUGAAUUAGCAGAAUGACUUCCUUCUUAACUGUCACACUGCCCUAUUGCUACAAUUGACAUGGUAUUUGAGUACCAAAGUUCAUAACCUUUUUCUUUUCCUCUUUUUCAAUCAAUCCUGAGCCCAACUAUUAGAUUAAAAUGGAGUUUCUUCACCAAUUGUUGAUGAGAAGGCUGAUGGGUUUUCCAUUUGAAGUGAUACAGGAAACCAGUUGAUUGCUGUCUCCAAAGCUUACAGAGUUGGGUAACCACUUUCUAGGCAGUCACAUAUCCAAGCUUCACUACUACAGAAGAAGCUACAAAGGCCAGAAUCACUUGUUCAUCCCAAAUAUUGUAGAGGGGGAGGUGGUACAGAGAUGAAGCUAAUUGGGCUUGAACCCACUUUUUGCUGUCAACAACAUAGUCAAGGGUGGGAUUCUUGACUAAUCUUUUUGCCCCAAAUGUGAAGCUGAAAAUAUAGAAGAGACUUCCGUGCUGUUGUUCAAUAUGCUAACAGUGAUAAUCUUUUUACUUUGUAGCAUGUUAUUAUUAUGCUUAAAGUGAUUGCCUUAGUAAUCUUAUAGUU